UUAACCACUGUUGAGUGUUCUGCCGGUGCCUGUUGCUACUUCACGAAUUCCCAUACAUCUUCCCAACCAGUUGAGUUCUGUUCCUUGUGCCGUUCGGAUUGUCUCUUUGAACUUUCUCUGUGUAAUUUUCUGCGUAAUUUAGCCACAAGUUGAUUUCUCUCUGCCUGGUAUUAGCUGGUUAACAUGGCGCUAAGACACAUUGGACGAUUUGCAGCUGCCCGCCGACUGGGCUGUGCACCCCUAACAACGAGUGUGAAGCCCAAUGAGAAGGGCAAAAAAAUUACAUCCCAAGAAGUUUUUGAGCGUGAAGAUAAAUUCGGUGCUCACAACUACCACCCACUUCCAGUGGCCUUGACCAGAGCGCAGGGUGUUCAUGUGUGGGAUGUGGAGGGGAAGCGCUACUAUGACUUCCUAAGUGCCUACUCGGCGGUCAAUCAAGGUCACAACCACCCAAAGAUCAUCCAGGCUCUCGUUGAGCAAGUCCAGGUCCUUUCGCUGACAUCACGUGCAUUCUAUUCAGACGUCCUCGGGGAGUAUGAGGAAUACAUCACGCGACUCUUUGGCUACGACAAAGUCCUCCCGAUGAAUACGGGUGUUGAGGGUGGUGAGACAGCGUGCAAACUUGCCCGUCGUUGGGGCUACAGCGUCAAGAAAAUUCCCGAGAAUCAAGCAAAGAUUGUCUUUGCAUCCGGGAAUUUCUGGGGACGCACCAUGUCGGCAAUUUCAGCAUCAACCGAUCCCGAUAGCUUCAAAGGUUUCGGCCCCUACAUGCCAGGCUUCGAUAUUGUCCCCUACAAUGAUUUGGCCGCCUUGUCGGAAAAACUCCAAGAUCCCACAGUUGCAGCCUUUAUGGUGGAACCCAUUCAGGGUGAAGCAGGCGUUGUUGUGCCAGACGAAGGCUACCUCAAGGGUGUCCGUCGUAUCUGCUCUGAGAAUAAUGUUCUCUUCAUUGCGGACGAAGUACAAACGGGGCUCGCCAGGACGGGAAGGAUGCUUGCUUGCGAUCACGAGGAUGUUCGUCCGGAUAUUUUGAUCCUUGGAAAAGCCCUCUCUGGUGGCCUCUACCCUGUUUCAGCUGUUCUCGCCGAUGAUCCCAUCAUGCUGACCAUUAAACCCGGAGAGCACGGAUCAACAUACGGUGGGAAUCCCCUAGGAUGCAAAGUAGCCAUGUCAGCUCUGCAGGUUCUAAUUGAUGAGAAUCUCGCGGAGAAUGCCCAAAUUCUCGGGAAACGCCUUCGUGAAGGACUCAAUGUUCUUCCCAAGGAUGUUGUUAGUGUUGUUCGCGGAAAGGGUCUCCUCAAUGCUAUAGUUAUCAAUAAAAAAUGGGAUGCAUGGGAUGUCUGCCUGAGGCUCCGUGACAAUGGUCUUCUGGCAAAGCCAACGCAUGGCGAUAUCAUUCGCUUUGCACCCCCACUCGUGAUUAAUGAAGAAGAAAUUGAUGAAUGCAUCGACAUAAUCAAGAAGUCGGUACUCUCAUUCGCAUAAGUCUGCUUUCGCACCGCUAAUAGCUAAAAAAGGAUCCUCUAGGGAUGACCUUCUUAUCUGUAUUCUGACGAGUACCUGAGCUUCGCAUUAAGAUUCGUCAAACUGAUUUUUUGCAGCAUUUUUUAUUACAAAAUUUUAUCAAAAAAUAAAUAAAAUUAUUCAUUACAUUUU